AUGACUCAAUACUUCGUCGAUCUCGUGUACACGCUCACUAAUUGCAUGAGCUGCUUCCCUGGCUCUCCGCAGCUAAAGAUCAACAACCGAAGCUUCAAAAUCCUGCGAUUGCUAGGAGAGGGCGGGUUCUCAUACGUAUACUUAGUACAAGACACCAGCAAUGAAGCACUCUACGCCCUCAAGAAGAUUCGAUGUCCGUUCGGCCAGGAGUCGGUUGCGCAGGCCAUGAAAGAAGUCGAAGCGUAUGCGCUAUUCACACCACAUCCCAACAUCAUACACAGCGUAGACUACUGCGUAUCUGCCGACCGAUCGGACCCCGGAGCGAAGACCGUAUACAUUCUCCUACCAUACUACCGAAGAGGGAAUCUACAAGAUAUCAUCAAUGCGAAUCUAGUCAAUGGUACGCGGUUCCCGGAGCGGAGGCUGAUGGUGCUGUUCUUGGGCGUCUGUAAAGCUUUGAAGGCCAUGCACAACUACAAAGUCGGAGGAGCUCCCGGAGGUGUUGAUAGCCAACAGCGUGCGAAACGUGUUAGAGGGCAGGCUGCGGCGGCUGAUCAAGAAGCAGCAGAGGAGGUGGAGGAACAGAGGGGAAGACAAGCAGGCAGAGAGACAGACCCGGAUAGCGAACAGCAAGAGCCUUUGAUGCCGGCUGAUGUUUCGAUGGCACAAGAGGGAGUUGCGCCGGGCGAGAUUCGCGCAUAUGCGCAUAGAGAUAUUAAGCCAGGCAAUAUCAUGAUUGAUGAUGACGGAGAACAACCGAUUCUUAUGGACCUAGGCUCUCUAGCCCCAUCACCAACUCCAAUUACCUCGAGAUCUCAGGCGCUGGCAGUACAAGACCAAGCCGCAGAACACUCGACCAUGCCGUAUCGUGCUCCCGAGCUAUUCGAUGUCAAGACCGGCAGUGUCGUCGAUACGAAGGUUGAUAUAUGGUCAUUAGGCUGCACACUAUAUGCAUGUUUAGUUGGAAAGUCGCCCUUUGAAAUGCGUAGUGAUGAGACCGGAGGAAGCUUAAGUCUUUGUGUUCUUGGCGGUGACUGGAGGUUCCCAGACGAGGGUGCAGGAGGGAAGAAGAAGGCUACAAACCAGACAGGGCAGAGUGAGGACAGUGAAAUUAACGAAGGCAUUAGAGAAGUGGUCAGGAAGUGUUUACAAGUGGAGCCCGCAGAGCGGCCGGAUGUGGACGAAUUGACUAAGAUCGUUGAGGGCGUUAUUGCUGAGUUACCGGAGGAUGGUGCCUAA